AUGUCAACGCCGGCACAAAAAGCCAAUCUUGCCCGGAUAAGAGACAACCAAAGGAGGUCGCGGGCUCGCAGAAGAGAGUAUCUCCAGGAGCUCGAGCAACGGCUUCGAGUCUACGAGCUCCAGGGCGUCGAGGCGUCCUCUGAAGUCCAGCAGGCCGCCAGGAGGGUGGCUGAGGAGAACCGUCAGCUUCGUGGUCUCCUCAACCGACACGGCAUCACCGAUGAUUACAUAUCUAGUUACUUGCACACCGGAGGCGCGGCAGCCCAGACCGACCCGACGCCAAUCCCCCACUUCCCCUCGAGCAACCCUAGCGACGCUGUUCAGUCUCUCCAGCACGUUAUAGCGCCCAGGAGACCUGCUCCUCUCGAUCCCGGUGUCUCCUAUGUUGUGCCGCCGCAAGAGAGUCGCGAAACCUCUAUUGCUAGUGUCUCGACGAGCAGCUCCUCCCUGUGGGAGCCAGGGCAAGCUAUCCAACCCGGCCCAGCAUACGGCCGGCCUCUCCCUUCCAACGUUCCCACUCCAAUAGGACGGCAAUCGAUAUCGUCACAGAUGCACCCACAGCAAUACGCCGCGCAGGUGUUUCCUGGCACUCAAGUACCGCGCACUGAAACCUACCACCCAGUGGCUGCACCUGGACCCUUGUUAGAGGAUCCGAGGCGGCAUAGUUAUUCUGUGGCACCUAUGCCUGGGGAUGCCUCAUCAACUUUGGGCUACAGCAUCCCCAUGAACCCAUUUCACAGCCCCGUUGGACCAGACCCUGGGCCUUCAGGACCGUGUUGA